UUCAGAAUCUUUCAUGAGUAUGUAUCCCAACUACUAGAACACAUACCCAACACUUCCUAAAACCUCUAUAUAUAUCCACAUAAGCUCUUGUCAUUUUUAUUCUCAAACAUCCUUGUGACUUAUCUUUCACUAACAAACAUCAUCUCUGGUAUUAGAGACAAAAUGGCUCCCUUAGGAGACAAUAAAGACAACGUUGUUGUUUCCAACUUGAAACUUGAAAGGAUGCUUAGCAUGAAAGGAGGCAAAGGAGAGGCUAGCUAUGUUAAUAACUCUCAAGCCCAGGCGCAACAUGCACGAUCAAUGCUGCACCUUUUGAAAGACACACUUGACGGAGUCCAGCUAAGCUCACCGGAGAUUCCGUUCGUUAUUGCCGACUUAGGUUGUUCUUGCGGCAGCAACACCAUUUUCAUUAUCGACGUCAUCGUUGAACACAUGAGCAAGCGUUACGAAGCAUUAGGCCAACAGCCACCUGAAUUCUCUGCAUUUUUUUCUGAUCUUCCUUCCAAUGACUUCAACACUUUGUUCCAAUUGCUGCCGCCUUUGGCCAAUAAUGGUUGCGGCAGUAUGGAGGAAUGCUUAGCUUCCAAUAGCCACCGCUCUUACUUUGCCGCCGGAGUUCCGGGUUCAUUUUACCGGCGUCUAUUUCCGGCCAGAUCCAUUGACGUUUUCUAUUCUGCAUUUUCUUUGCACUGGCUCUCUCAGGUGCCAGAAAUAGUGUUGGACAAGAGAUCAGCAGCUUACAACAAAGGAAAGAUAUACAUACAUGGUGCAAAUGAGAGCACAGCUAAUGCUUACAGAAAACAAUUCCAGACUGAUUUGGCUAAUUUCCUUGGAUCAAGGUCUAAGGAAAUGAAGAGAGGGGGUUCUAUGUUCUUAGCCUGCUUAGGAAGGACUUCUGUGGACCCCACAGACCAAGGUGGGGCCGGACUUCUCUUUGGGACCCAUUUUCAAGAUGCUUGGGAUGAUCUUGUCCAAGAGGGCCUAAUUACUAGUGAUAAGAGGGACAAGUUCAACAUUCCAGUGUAUGCACCCAGCAUUCAAGAUUUCAAAGAAGUGGUGGAAGCCAACGGCUCAUUCGUCAUUAACAAUCUUCAAGUUUUCAGGGGAGGAAGCCCUUUGGUCGUCAACCAUCCCGAUGAUGCUGCGGAAAUCGGACGAGCACUCGCCAACAGCUGCAGAAGCGUUAGCGGUGUGCUCGUCGACGCCCAUAUUGGCGAACAGCUCAGUGACGAGCUGUUCUCCCGAGUGGAGAUUCGAGCCUCGAGCCAUGCGAAAGAGCUUCUUCAAAAUCUUCAGUUUUUUCACAUAGUUGCUUCCCUUUCUCUUGUGUAGAAAUGUUCUGUAUUUAAGUCUUUAGAAUUAAUGAAAUUGUUAUAGAAAGACUAACUGUAGUUUGGCUUUGGCUGAUAAUAUAUGGUUUUGAGUUUUGGGUGUUCCCUUA